AUGUAUUCAAAUGAUGAAGUUUUGAUAUGGAGAGUAGAAACUACGACAAAUACAGACGAAUAUAAAAAGAAAAUUAAAAAAUAUAUAUAUUCUGAGUUGGGCCGGCCCACUAAGAAACCGGAACUGUCAGGUUUGGGUCUCCUCGUUCUUCUCAUCGUCUCUGAACUUCUUGUAAAUGUCCCCUCUGUAAAACUCGCGAGUCCUCACCACCAAAAUCAGCGAAAUCAGAGCUCCGGCGAACGUAACCCCGGCCGUCAACGAAAACGACUCCCUGUAACACUGCUUCCCGAGACAAACCAGC